GACAUUUCAGGGAAUAUAUCCUAAAGUGACCAUCCGAAAGAAGAAAAUGCUUUAUGCAUAAAGGUCUUUAUAAAGCGUCAUUUAUAAUAGGCUCAAGGGGGCUGCAACCGGGUGUCUCCGCAGUGAGCGAAAUUAUGCACCUUCACCGAGUGAAUAUUAAGUGGCCUAUAAAGAUAAUUUACAAAACUUUUAAAUAAUAUGGGAAGAUGCUAAUAUAUAAUGUUAAGUGAAAAAAACAACAACAACGCGAUACAAAAUUGUAAGGUGUGAUUGAAAAAGUUUAACCAAAACUGCGUGGGAAAGUCUGGAGAUGACCUUUAUCAGAAAGGAUGGAGUUGGGAAAAGGAAAACUUCUCAGGAGUGGGCUGAAUGCAUUGUAUCAAGCAAUACACCCAGUUCACGGCCUUGUCUGGACCGAUGGGAAGCAGGUAGUCCUGACUGAUGUACAGCUUCAGCGUGGAGAGGCCAAGUUUGGGGACUCGAAGGUCAUUGGGCAAUUUGAGCAUGUGUAUGGGGUGUCGUGGGCCCCACCUGGGAUAGCUGACACGCCCCCUCUGCUCGCUGUCCAGCACAAGCAGCAUGUCACUGUGUGGCAGCUGUGUCCCGAUACCACGGGAACAAGCAAGCCGCUGAUGUCUCAGACCUGCGAGAUUAGAGAAUCGCGCCCUGUCCUUCCCCAAGGCUGUGUGUGGCACCCACAAAGUGCUGUUCUGACGGUGCUGACUGCACGGGAUGUCUCCAUUGUCCAUAACGUGCACUGUGGUGACUCCCGAGUAAAAGCGGACGGCAGCGCCCAGGGCCUCAUUCACUGUGCGUGCUGGACCCAGGAUGGCCAGCGGCUGCUGGUGGCCGUAGGCAGCAGCCUGCAUUCUUACAUUUGGGACAGUGCUCAGAAGACGCUUCAGCGGUGCUCCUUCUGCCCGGUAUUGGAUGUGCGCAGCGACGUGCGCUCCAUCGGGGCCGCUGUGGACUCACAGGUCGUCCUAGCCACUGAACUUCCAAUAGGUAAGAUUUGUGGCUUAAAUGCAGCUGAAACAUUUGGCGUUCCACCCAGCAGUGAAGACACUUGUCUGUAUACGUCUCCGGUUAUUGAUGCGAUGCCCUCCGUGGAUAAAGGGGCAGCCUCUUGUGGAACCAAUUCCGACACAUCAGUGUCUCCCUUUUCUUCUUCCGGUUCAGAUCCUCUGGAUCUAACUCAUAUACGUUUCAAUAGAUCUGAGCCUGAGAGCAAUGCCCUCAUUUGUCUAAGAAAAAAGAAUUACUUGGCAGGAACCGAUCUGGAUUCUUCACAUUUGAUUCUUGUGACCUUUGCGCAAGUGGUGACCCAGGUCAAAAAAGUCACCAUUCCAGGCAUUCUGGUUCCUGAUCUAAUAGCAUUUAAUCUGAAAGCAAAGGUUGUAGCCGUGGCUUCCAAUACUUGUAAUACAAUUUUUAUCUAUUCUGUCAUUCCAGCGGUUAUGCCAAACAUCCAGCAAAUUCAAUUAGAGGGUAGUGAGAGACCAAAAGGCAUAUGUUUCUUGACAGAUAAAUUAUUAUUAAUUUUGAUAGGAAAACAAAAAUCCACUGAUUCGACAUUUCUUCCUUCUUCAAAGUCUGAUGAGUAUGUCAUUCGCUUGACUGUUAGAGAAGUAACGUUGAAAGAGGAGUUUCCAGUAACAGUGAGCGAAACCCAGAGUGGCUAUACUACCCUCAGUGCUCUGUUAAAUAAAGCAGAGAGGAAAAAGCCAAUUGAGAGUCUUUCCCCAGAUAUGUGUCACCAAAACACAGGACUCUCGUUAACAGCUAAUAGCAGUAGUCAAGGUGAAAGGCCUGGAAGUACUUUUAUUAAAGAAAUCGAACGCCCUCCAUCCAGUGUAUGUGAUGAUUCCAUAGCCCUGGAAACUCUAGAGGCCGAGCCUGUUGACGGGUCAGCGACACUGCCCAAACCCAGCAGCACACCAGACUACACCAGCACCCUGGGCCCUCUUAAUCUCCCUCCAAGAAAGAACUUACAGCGGGAAAAGGAAACUUGUCAGCUCUCUAAGGAACUGGAAAUUUUAUCUAGGAAACUGAUGGAAGUACAGCGAAGUCUCUCUGAACUCACAGACUUCCUACACAAUGGAAAGAAGUCCUCUCCAGUGUAUCCGCUCUCUCAGGAUCUGCCUUACGUCCACAUCUCCUACCAGAAACGUUAUUCUGUAGAAUCUGUUGUUGAAAAAAGAGACGUGCUUCUCUGCAGUGGCAAGCUGAGGCUCAGUACAGUGCAGCAGACUUUCGGCCUCGCUCUUGUUGAAAUGCUGCAUGACUCCCGCUGGAUCCUUCUCUCUGCUGAUAGUGAAGGCUUCAUCCCAUUAACUUUUACAGCCACACAGGAAAUACUCAUCAGAGAUGGCAGCUCCAGGUCAAAUAUCUUCAGAGACUCUUUGUCUCAGAGUCUUGAUUCUGGUCCUUGUCUUGAAGUCUUUGGAGAACGUACAGCCCAGCGUUUAGAUGCCACCAGCUAUUCCAACCAUCUAGGCUGAUACUUGUUUGUAGAGUAUUUGCUGCAUAGCUUUUCAGAUGAGACCAUUACAAACAAGAUCUGUUUUCCACUGUGGGCUCUCCCCUCUCACACUGUCACACAGAGGUAAGCGCUUGCCUGGUUGGCUCGGCCACUUCUCCAUCUUCCCCAGAAUGAGGCUCUCAGAGCGCAGCCUUUGUUAGAUGGCUCAGAAAGUGCUUGCUUAUGUAUUCAUGAGGUGUGGUUUUGUCUGAAGGCGGAAUUCCCAGAACAAGACAAUGUAAUGGUGCCCUAUGGAUUGUGUUUUAUGGUUUCUCUGAGGCUUUCUGUCCCAGCCCAGAGCUGUGUUGAAGCUGUCUUAGAAGCACUUAAAAGGUACCUCAGCACUGUGAUAGAUCUUUCUCUUGGCUUAAAGAUGAGGAUAAGGAGUGCAUAUCCUCCAGCAUAUUCUUCUUAGCCCAAACCAGCAGAAAUCUACAGAGCUCAAAGGAAGAAAAAAGCCACUGACUGCUCCCUCCCUCCCCCGCUCUGCUCCCUAGAACAGGAUGGACCUCCCAGAAUGUAAACCUAACUCUGUUGCUUCCCUAGAAAAUUCUGGCUGACUAAGGUCCGGAUACUCCUAAAAACUGGCCCCGGGCAGAUUUCAAAGGACAUUUCAGUGCUUUGACCCUUCUAGACCCCUCUUGGGUGUGUGCUGAUGUUACUAGUACAAUGCCAAGGACAGGCGAAGUCUAAGGCAUGGUGUAGUAGACACAUUAUAUUUAAUUAAGCAACCCUCCCUAGUUUCUGUGUUGGGGGUUUUAACAUCAUUGGUUGGAUCUUUUGUUUUGUGUACUUGCUCUUUUUUACAAUCUUGAAAUACCACAUUUCUAUGAUGUUUAUUUUCCAUUUCAGGUUUUCCUGACUCUAGAUUAACACCAGUAUCUUCAAUGUUGACUUCUUGGAUUUUUUCCUUGGUUGCACAAGCCUCCUCAAGAUUUUCUCCAAAUUUAACUUUUUCUUGACUCUUCAUUGUUAGAAUAUCUGCAAUUGCAUGUCGCAUUUCUUCAAUAGGCUGAGCUCCUGCCAGAAUGGCCUUCUCAAAGACUGAGAUAAUAUUUUCAAUAGAACUUGUGAGUGGUUCAACACAUGCAAGGCAUAUCCAAUACUUAACAAUUUUUUUGGCAUCUGGAAUAUUUUUAAUCAGGUCAUUCAGUAUGUUUAAUACUUCUUCUUUGGGGCAUCUCUCAUUAAUCAGGUUUAGGCAUUCAGAAAAUGUCUUGUUUACUUUUUCAGUAAAUAAUCUUUGUUCUUCUUCUUCUGCCAGGGUAGUCCAAAAUGACCCAAUUGGUUUUUCAUUCUGUCCUUCAGCUUCAGGCUGGGUUAUUACUGAGCUAGGAGGCCUUCUCAACAUUUUUCCUUUGCUAGCUCUCCACUCACUCAGACAAGCUGUUCUUUCUUCUACGGUUUCUUUGGGCUGAGCCCUUCUAUUGAUAGUUGCUUUUGUCUGCACUGCUCAAUGGUUUUUGACGUUUCUAUCUGUUUGAUAUUAGAAGAUGAAGCAGGCCUGGCUAUCAUUUCAGAUGUGAUGCUUCUUGAUACUGUCUUAUUUCUUUUUACUUCCUGAGAAGAAAUGGUUUUGACACUAGAUAAAACUGUAUUUAAUUGUAGUAAUUCUUUCUCAUGAGACCCUUUCCAUAUGUAACAUUGGCAAUGCCUUGUUUCAGGUAGUCCUGGGUAUUAUGAGUAUUACUGUGGUGACUUCUAAUAGGAGAACAUAAAAGUUGUUCAUUCUGAGAUGUAGCCCUCACAAAUUUAGUUGUAGUCAUCAUAUUUGAGGCUCUGUGACUUUUUGCUGUUACACUGCUGGUGUUUAUAGGCUGGUGUUUUGUGGCCUUAGAGAUAGGAGUUGAAAGUUUCUUUGUUAUUGCAGAAUGCUCAUCUUUGACUUGUACAGGUUUUCUAAAUGAAUUAACCUUAGAUUGAACAAUUUGGCCAUGAUAAGAUCCAAGCACAGGUUUCUUGAGCACGUUAGCAUCUUGCUUUGGUUUUUCUGUAGUUACUUGUUUCUUUCAAUUACUGUUUUUAAUGUGAAACGCUUGGCUUAAUGUCAUACGUUGACCUUGGCGAUCAUUUGUAAUUGGUAACAACUGCAGAGUUUGAUUAUUCCCCAAGUUAUAUGUAUCAGUGGCUGUAGUUGAAUUGGUUAAUUCAUUAGAAGAUUUUAACGGAAUAUAAUUUUUUCCCAUUGUUACAUUAUUUUUGCUCCUUGUAGGUCUAUGGACAUUUUCUUUAUUGGCCAUUUUUGUCUUAAGUUUCAGAACUUUUUCUCUCUUCUUGGACCAGACCCUCAGAUGCCAUCAUUUCCUCGUUUCUACUGGAGAAUUUCUGAUUUUCCUGUUUGUAUGCAAAAAGAGUUUUUCUUUUUAACAGAUGCUCCUUGAGUUUUUGUUUUCUUUGCUCUCUGAAGGCGGACUGGGCCCUCUGACUCGGGGGAAGCUGCAGGUCGCCUGGAACCGCUAGGGAUUCUAGCAGUAAGCCUUCCAGGAAAAUCCUCUCCUGCUGCCGGCCUCGACUCUUAAAUUGUAGCUUUAAUUUUGGUAUUUUUCUUUUCCUUUAGUCAAGUUUUAGAGACUAGCAUAGAGUUUGUGAGAGAAAAUAUUUCAGAAAGGUGGAAAUUUCACUGAAUCUGGGAUAGCCCUAAAAAGUACCAGUUAUUAUAAAUAAGGGCUAAAGGGCCAGCUUAGUAGAGUGGAAAGAGCCCUGAUCCCAACUCUAGACAAACACAGCACUCCUUACUGCCUUCAGACACAUUAUAAAUUUCAUUUAUUGCAGCAUAACCAAUCGGUCUGUGUGGCUAGUCAUCACAUCUGCAGACCCUUGUUUCAGCCAUAGAAGCUCCAUUAGCACAUGGUCAUUUUUUUCCAUUGCCUUUAAAAUUAUCUGGAAAGAAAUAUUUUGCACCCUUGGGGACUCCUGUCUGUUACAGUUUAUGAAGAUGGAGCUGGGAUAGGAAAGAAGCAAGGGCCCAUUUUGUGGUUCAGAUGCAUUAGAGAGCUGGUGGGAUAAUGGAAGAGGAGGCCACUUGUCUGUACUCAGUUGCCUGAGAGCAAUGUCUGAGGAUAGUCUGAGGCCUGGCUCCAUUUUCCGGGUGGGAUGAAAGCACAUACUGUGAAGCUUAACGAGGGGGCUGGGGGACCCCAUAGUAAGUUCAAGGUGUGUGCCUCAAGGUGUAUGUUACAGUCAGCGUUUCACUGGUCAGUCUUCACUAAAAUCACUCAUGGGCCGAGACCGGAUUGGCUCAGUGGAUAGAGCGUCGGCCUGCGGACUGAAGGGUCCCAGGUUCGAUUCCGGUCAAGGGCAUGUACCUGGGUUGCGGGCACAUCCCCAGUAGGGGGUGUGCAGGAGGCAGCUGAUCGAUGUUUCUCUCUCAUUGAUGUUUCUAACUCUCUAUCUCUCUCCCUUCCUCUCUGUAAAAAAUCAAUAAAAUAUAUUUUUAAAAAAAUCAC